ACUCUAAAUUGGAAAAAUGAUGUUUAAAGGCACUUCAUUUUUGUCAAGACAUUCUUACUUAAGGAGGGAAUACAAUAUGGUGAAGACAGAUGUGUGUAGGCCAAGGUUGUAACACGCAACGUGGUUGCUUCCUCAGAUUCCUCGUAAUCGAUUUCAUUCCACUCAUCAAUUUCAAUCGCCACCUUUCUUGCCUCAGUUCAACGCUUCUAACUCACCUACCCAUUCUCUCUCUCUCCUGUAGACACACAGUGACGAUGUUUCUGUGCAUGCCCAGAUGGGUUUCUUCGCCAAUUAUUGUUUUCUUCUUCAUUUCCUUUGCUCUCUCUGCUUCUGAAGCACUCAAAGUCAAACCCAUCUUAGAACACAGUGAAUCUCUCACAUACCUUUGGCCACUACCUGCAGAGUUCACUUCAGGCGAUGAGGCUCUUUCCGUUGACCCUUCACUCACUCUCUCCAUCGCCGGCAAUAUUGGUGACUCUUCCAUUCUCAGAGCUGCAUUUGAUCGAUACAGAGGAAUCAUAUUCAAACAUAGCGGUGUUGGGUUCGGUUUCAUCAGAAAGUUAAGGGAAAAAUUAGUGUCUGUUUCUGACCUUGAUGUUACCACAUUGAAGAUCACUGUCCAUUCAGUUAAUGAGGAGCUUCAACUUGGUGUAGAUGAAAGCUAUACCUUGCUGGUUCCCAAAGCCAAGGAUUCUUCUGUUGCUGGUGAAGUCACAAUUGAGGCAAACACUGUUUAUGGUGCAUUGCGUGGAUUAGAGACAUUCAGCCAGUUGUGUUUGUUUGAUUAUACAACUAAAACAGUUAAAAUAUACAAGGCACCUUGGUCCAUCCGAGAUAAACCUAGAUUUGCAUAUCGCGGGCUUAUGUUGGAUACAUCGAGGCACUAUUUACCAAUCUAUGUAAUUAAGCAGAUUAUUGAAUCUAUGUCCUAUGCUAAACUUAAUGUUCUGCAUUGGCACAUCAUAGAUGAAGAGUCAUUUCCUCUUGAGAUACCUACACAUCCAAACUUGUGGAAAGGUUCAUAUACAAAGUGGGAACGUUACACAGUGGAGGAUGCAUAUGAAAUUGUCUACUUUGCCAAAAUGAGAGGCAUAAAUGUGAUGGCAGAGGUGGAUGUCCCUGGUCAUGCAGAAUCAUGGGGUGCUGGAUAUCCUGAUCUUUGGCCGUCACCUUCCUGUAGGGAGCCACUAGAUGUUUCGAAGACAUUUACUUUUGAUGUCAUUUCUGAUAUUCUGACAGAUAUGAGAAAAAUCUUCCCGUUUGAGCUAUUUCACUUGGGUGGUGAUGAAGUUAAUACAUCUUGCUGGAGCAAUACUUCUCAUGUAAAGGAAUGGCUUCAGAAUCAAAACAUGACUGCUAAAGAUGCAUAUCAAUAUUUUGUACUGAAGACCCAAGAGAUAGCCGUUUCAAAAAAUUGGAGUCCAGUAAACUGGGAAGAAACCUUCAAUACAUUUCCAGAAAAGCUCCAUCAGAAAACCGUAGUGCAUAACUGGUUGGGACCUGGGGUUUGUCCGAAGGCUGUUGCAAAAGGUUUCAGAUGCAUUUUCAGUAACCAGGGUGUCUGGUAUCUUGACCAUCUGGAUGUACCUUGGGAUGAGGUCUAUACUGCUGAGCCACUAGAAGGAAUAUAUAAACCUUCUGAACAAGAGCUUGUCAUUGGAGGAGAAGUUUGCAUGUGGGCUGAGACAGCUGACGCAUCCAAUGUUCAGCAAACAAUAUGGCCUCGAGCCGCUGCAGCUGCAGAACGCUUAUGGAGUCAGAGAGAUUCUACCUCAACGCAAAAUAUUACCUUAACCGCCUUGCCCCGGUUGCAAUACUUCAGAUGUCUAUUGAAUAAACGAGGGGUUCCAGCUGCUCCUGUAAAAAUUUUUUUUGCUAGAACGGCUCCUAUUGGUCCAGGCUCAUGUUAUGAGCAAUAAUCCUUAUCACUCUUCAUCUGUCCACAUGUAGCUUGUGGUGAAAGUAAAUGAUGUUUAAGUACUAUUCCUGGCUGAUGAGCUACAAUUGUUUUUUGAUGCUCAACUCCUUGCAGCUAUGGUGGUUGUAUGUUAAAGCUCUUCAAUGAACUUGCAACAACCAUAUUGUAAUGUAAUAUAUUGUUGAGUUAAAUAAAUCAUGUUCAAUUUACUU